UCUCUACCGCUCACUAGACCGCUAACGCGUUUAAAAGCCGGCACUUCGCCAUCAGUGAUCAGUGUUGUGUCGGCAAGAAACUGACAAACACCUUGCAAAAGAUCUUGGCGAAUCAAGGACUGUUCAAGUAAAAGUUAUCAAGUUCCAACAUGAUAGCAGUAGCAAUCCUGCCGUUCUUGUUCGCUCGUGCCUUUGCCGCUCCGCAGUAUGGGCCGCAAACCGCACCACAGCCAUUUAAGACAACAUCCCAAGUCUCGUUUGAACAAUGGGCGAAUGUCAAUCCGUAUGGCAACCCUAACGCUAACGCCUCACCGUCCAAACCAAAGGCUAAGAUUGAAGAAAUCCAGAAACAAUGGGCCAAAUUCCUUGAACGCAUGCCGUGGUUAACUGGACCAGCUGGUCCACCGGGCCCACCUGGACCUUCGAGCAGUGGCAGCCAAUCCCAACAACAACCCGUUGUUGGACCACCUGGCUUACCUGGAGCUCCCGGUCCUGCUGGACCUAAAGGAGAACGAGGCAAUUCUGGAAAUCCUGGAGCUCCUGGUGGGCCCGGGCCAGUAGGACCCUCCGGCCUUAAUGGCGCUCCUGGUGCACUAGGACCGGCUGGCGAACGUGGAUCAAACGGAGCUCCUGGUGGGCCCGGUACGCCUGGCUCCCCUGGUGCUAAAGGAGCUGCUGGUGCUAAUGGUGCUCCUGGCGUCAACGGAGCUCCAGGAGCCCCUGGCAAAGACGGUUUCAAUGGCUUACCCGGAUUCCAAGGACCCAAAGGCGAAGCGGGUGCACCCGGUAUAACUUUGCCCUCAAACACACCUGGACCUGUAGGAGCUUCAGGUGCCCCUGGUAAAGAUGGAGCACCAGGUUUCCCUGGCGGCCCUGGCCCCGUUGGUCCUGUCGGACCUGUUGGCCCGGUUGGACCUGCUGGCAGACCUGGUACGAAUGGAUUCCCCGGAGGCCCUGGUCCUAAGGGUGAAGCUGGAACUCCCGGAUUCCCUGGAAGUCCCGGCAAAGAUGGACGUCCUGGCGCUCCAAGUACUCAACCAGGUCCAGUUGGACCUCAGGGACCUGUCGGUCCACCCGGCUUCAACGGCAAACCUGGAAACGAUGGGCUUCCUGGCGGACCAGGUGCCCCAGGCAAAGACGGUCUGCCCGGCGGACCGGGCAUUCCAGGUGGACCUGGACAACCCGGUAAACCUGGCAAGGAUGGUUUGAAUGGCGCUCCUGGAGCUCCCGGUAUCCCUGGUGGACCGGGGCCUGUAGGACUUGAGGGCAAACCUGGCCCAGCUGGUCUUCCUGGCAACCCUGGUGGGCCAGGAUCAGCUGGACCGAUUGGUGGUCCAGGACCUCAAGGUAAGCCGGGUGCACCAGGAUAUCCCGGAGGGCCUGGCCCAGUUGGACCUCAAGGUGGACCUGGGCCGCAAGGGGGACCUGGUCCUAAAGGCGAGUCUGGCACACCUGGUGGCCCAGGACCCGCCGGUCCCCCGGGCCCUCAAGGGCCUGCAGCUUCCACCCCAGCUCCGGCCUACCCAGCUCCUGCUCAACAGCCAUCCUAUCAAGCCCCAGCUCAAUCAUCGUUUCAAUCACAACAGUCCAACUACUGGCGAUAAAUUUGAUUGAAAUUCAGUUAAUUUGCACAACAAACCGUGUGAGCUAUAUUAUGAAGCUAUAGUCUCUGCUAUUUGUUAAAAAAAAAAAGAUUUAGUAUACGGAACUUUUUGAUCAUACAUGUAAAAAGGAAAUAUUAAAGUGUUGCUUUGUAUACGAUGUGAGAAAGACAUAAGUGGAAACAUGUCAAUAAAUCAUUUUAAAUUCUUGA